UUCAAACUGUAUGCCUAUUGAACGUUUUAUUCCAUGUCAUCAUCAUCUUUUACAUUCUUCAAGUGCAAAUGGGCCAACGCUAUAAGAUACCGGCUAUAGACUGUGGGCGAUACGGAUCUUAAGAGUUUACAUAACAAUUAGUCGGCAUCACACGUUGGUCACGGAGGGACGCGUUUGUGGUCAAAAUUAGCCACAAGUAAUUGAAAACAUCAUCGUUAAAAAACCAAGAUAUGUUUCUUGGAUAGCUUAAGUUUAUAACUGCUGUUUGUAUAAAUAGCAAUAAUUCGUAUUGACUAAAUUCAUAAUAUUCGCAAUGUCGACUUCAGUUAUUAUGUUACGCGCCAUUACUGUCGCCGGAUUUUUUGUGCUUCAAUCAAAUGCUUUAGUUACAACUAGGACAAUGACAGAUUUUAAGUUAGCUGCUUUUAAAACCGUGUCUAAAUGUGCUAGUAUGCCAAGUGUGAUGGAAUGUUUGAUGGAUAAAGUUAUUAUUGGGAUGAAAUCUUUAACUGAGUCUUCAGAUCCUAUCGAAGUAGUACCUGGGUAUAUCACGCUAAUUAAAUAUAAUAGUGAAGAUCAAUUAAACGAAAGAAGUAUAGGACAAAAUAACUCUUCUAUUGUUGACGCCAUGAUUUCAUUUAUCAAGACUCGAUCAAUCAACCUUAAAGCUCCUGUUGAUACAUUGGAAUCUUUGAAAUCAGCUAUAAUUGAAGCUAGAGGGAAAAAAGAUAAGUACACUGGUCCACUACUAAUGGGAGCUAUGAUGGUUGCUGGUACAUUGUUACCUAUAAAACUUGGUGCGUUGGCAAUGAUGAGUGGCAAAGCUCUUAUGACCAGUAUGUUAGCUCUCACAUUGGCUGCAAUUCUUGCGCUUAAGAAAUUGGCAUCCGGUGGUGGUGGAGGCGGCCACCAAGGAGCUUCAUAUGAAGUAAUAAAUGUUCCAUCUCAUCCAAUACAUGGUCAUGGUCGAUCGUUAGCUCAUAAUUUAGCUUAUGGAAUGCCAAUAGAUGUAACAGCACUGUAUUCUCAUAAUUAAUAAAAGAUGUUUAUCUGGAUAAUGAUGAAUAUAAUUUUGAUAUUAAGUAAAGGUACACUUAUAACAAUUUUUAUUAUUGAUACUUAAUGAAAAAAAAAAUUAUAUCCACUUUAUGAAAUUUUCAAUUAAUAAGAAGAAUCUGACACUCUUAUCUUUUUAAAUAAAUACGUUAAU